GCGGACGUCCCGGACUCCAAGAUGGCGUCAGUCGUACCAAUGAAGGAGAAGAAACUCAUGGAUGUCAAAAUAGGGGAGCUGCCAAAGUGGAUACUGAUGCGGGAUUUCACCCCUAAAGGCAUUGCUGGAGCAUUUCAAAGAGGUUAUUACCGGUAUUACAACAAGUACGUCAAUGUGAAGAAAGGGAGUGUCGCUGGGGUUUCCAUGGUGCUGGCAGCUUAUGUGCUUUUCAACUACUGCUGUUCCUACAAGGAACUCAAGCAUGAGCGGCGACGCAAGUACCACUGAAGAGGGCUCAGUGUGGAGGACACACACUGCAUUCCUGACUAUGGCCUUUGCCCAGCACCCCUGAAUUCUUUCGUAUCCUAAUUGACACCUAAGAAAAGAUGACCGGACUGC